AGCGUUAUGGCCGCCGCGGGCUCCGUGAAGGCGGCUUUGCAAGUGGCCGAGGUGCUGGAAAGCAUCGUGAGCAAGUGCGUGGGCCCUGGCGGGCAGCAGGUGCUGUGCACGAAGAGCACCGGGGAGGUGCUGCUCAGCCGGGACGGAGGCCGCCUCCUGCAGGCGCUGCACGUAGAGCACCCCAUAGCCAGGCUGGUGGUGGAAUGUGUUUCCAGUCAUCUCAAAAAAACGGGAGAUGGUGCUAAAACAUUUAUCAUCAUGCUUUGCCAUUUGCUCAGAGAACUUGACGCACCGACAGACCAGAAAAAGGAUUGUUUGGCUGCUGGAAAUACACAAGCCCAUGGGCAGCAUUGGAAAAAUUGUUGUCAGUGGAAAUGUAUUUCUCGUGCUCUUGUGACAUUUCAGGCUCAAAUAUUAGACUCCUUUAUGGAUCAGUGCUUAAGUAGACACUUUUUGUCCAUCUUUUCUUCAUCCACUAAAGAGAAAAUAUUGUGUCGAAGCUCUAUUGAGUUGCUCUUAGAUGCAUACUUUAGUGGAAGAGUGGGGAAAAAUAAUCACACAUUUAUUUCACAGUUAAUGUGUGACUACCUUUUCAAGUGCAUGGCUUGUAACGAUGGGAUUGAAGACUUCUUUGAGAUGGUGGAUAUCUAUUUUGUAGAGUUGAAUGUUGGUGUCGCUGGGUUUCCCGUUUCAGAUUCCAGGAUCGUGGCUGGGCUUGUCCUUCACAGAGAUUUUUCUGUGUAUUGCCCAGCAGAUGGUGACAUAAGAACAGUGACAGUCUCGGGAACCAUUCCGCCCCCUUUUUCUACAUCAGGGUCAGAGUUUGUUCUGCAUUCAGAAGCACAGUUUCAGGCAUCGCAGUUUUGGAUUAUGGAAAAGACAAAGACAAUAAUGAAAUAUUUACAGAGUCAGAACGUAAAGUUGCUCUUAUCUAGUGUGAAGCAACCAGAUUUGGUAAUUUACUAUGCAGAACUGAAUGGCAUAUCAGUGGUGGAGUAUUUAUCAUCAGAAGAAAUUUCUCUGAUUCAAAGAAUCACCGGUCUGUCUCCUGAUGUACCACCACAGAGCUACUCACAGCAUGAAAUCUUUAACAUUGCCUUGGUGAGAUUUUGCAAACCCCUUAUCCUGAAAUCCAAAAGGUAUGUUCAUCUUGGCUUGAUUAGCACAUGCUUAUUUAUACCACACUGUCUAGUCCUUUGUGGCCCAGUGCAAGGUCUUGUUGAACAACAUGAGAAUGCUUUACAUGGAGCAUUUAAAAUGCUUCGGCAAUUAUUUAAAGACCAUGAUCUAAGUUACAUGGCACAAUCAGGUCAUCCGAAUUCUACAUCAAGCCCCCUUAUUGAUAAGAGUAAAGAAAGUGAUCCGUUACCAGAAGUUGGUAAUAACUCAAUGCGAAGGCCAUGUGAGGGCACAGUUGUAAAGGACAAAGAUGGACUUAAAAGUGUUCAGACACAUUUAAUAGCACAUUCAAAUUGGGAGAUGCCAAGUAUUGAAUUAGAAACAGCUAGUCCAUGUCCAACACCAAAAAUGACACCAAGAACUACAUACCAAACAGAUAACACAAUGAAGCAUUUAUCUCAAGACAAUACCAGGAUAAUUGAUUACCAUGAACCAUUAAUGGAGAGUAAGCUCACUGCUAAUUCAACAACAGAAAACCCUAAAAUAGAAAUGUCUCCCAAAAAUGUACAGGUCACAAGAAAUACUGGGAAAGGAAGCAUAUUACCAGUGAGUUUUAAGUCCCGGGAGAGUUACUACUAUUCCUCAUCUCUAUCAGCAGGCUGUGUUCUGCCAGUGGGGGGCAAUUUUGAGAUCCUGUUCCACUACUAUCUACUGAACUAUGCUAAAAAGUGCCAGCAAUCAGAGGAAACCGCCGUUAGUAUGAUCCUAGCUAAUGCGCUUCUGGGUGUUCCCAAAAUCCUUUAUAAGUAUAAAAAAGGGAGUUACAGCUUUCCACAAAUAUAUGUGAGAACUCUCUACGCAUUGCAAACCAAUCGACCCAUUGUAAGCACUCAAACAGGCUUGGAGUCAGUAGCUGGUAAAUACCAAUUGCUCAGUUCAGUUCUUCAGUGUUUGACAAAAAUUUUAACCAUCGAUUUAGUCAUCAAUAUUAAGAGACAACCUCAGAUAGUUUAUGAUGAAGAUUCAGAAGAUGAACUAUAGAAUUGAAAGUUUUUAUAACCAAUAUUUAAAGAUAAACUCAAAAGCUAUAUAAUCAAGUAUGUGACCACCAAUUUUCAAGUCAGUUCAGUGUAGUAAGCAAAACAACAUGGCUGAGAAGUCUUUGGAGGUACAAUAAGGCCCUGGAUGGGGGAGACCGAGGUCCUGCCAAGUACGCCUUUUGCUUCCCUUUCCCAUGAGGGUUAAUCUAUGUGCUUGAGGGAGUAUUUUCAUUGUUUAUGAUAUAAAAUGUUAUCUUUCAUUGUUUAAAACAAUUUCCUUAUUUGUAAGGCAGUGAAUAAAAUGGUUCAAUUAUUUUUCUCAGUAA